CUGCGAGCCAUGAGGCUUCAUCGGCCUGUCUACCACUUUGACGGGCGAGGCCACGUACGGCUGAGUAGUCCACCCAUCGAUGCCUUCCCGGCACUUCGUCCUCGGUGUUCUCAUAGUACUUGUUGCCGAACCUGGUGGGAACCGCAACACCUGUCAGCAUGAUGCAGGCUGAGGGGAGAGGGCGGACGGACUGAUCGAUGCCUGCUAGCUUGCCACUCUUGGCGUCUCCGAUGGUCAUCAUCUGGUGGAACCAUUCCCUGAAGCCGACCGCUCUGAAGUGCUUGAUCGUCCUCGCCAGCGACAUCGUCACGAGCGCAGGCUGCACCACCCGACGCCAAACACUUUUUGACUUUGCCAAAGGUCGCGCGACAAGCCGAGCCAAGCCAAGCCGGGCAAGGGCGUCAUUCGGUGUCCGAUGUUCGAUGGUCUUGCGGUCUUGUCGAGCGCCUUGGGCGUCAGCUAUACCGUCAUAUGGAGUCUCAGCUUCUACCCGCAGAUGAUCAUGAACUGGCGCCGACACUCCGUCUCUGGUCUCAGCAUCGACUUUGCGACCAUCAAUCCCAUCGGCCAUUCGUGCUACUUUGUGUUCAGUACGGUUCUCUAUGCUUCGCCCGUUGUGAGGAAAGAGUAUGCAGACCGACAUGAUGGCCAUCUGCCACAAGUCGCUUGGAACGACGUCGCUUUCGGCGCCCAUGCCGUGCUGGCUUCCAUCAUCAUCUGGCUGCAGACGUACAUCUACCAUCGUGAUGGCGGGCAGAGACUGUCGACGUUCCAUCGGCUCGUCUGCGCUGUCUUGCUGUCCUUUAUCGCUUUCCUCGCCUUUCUUGCCGCUGCACACAAGUUCAGCCCGCUAGACUUGAUGAACACGCUUGCCGACAUCAAGCUCUACGUCAGCUUCUCGAAAUAUGUACCGCAAGCGUACAUGAACUGGCAGCGACAGUCUACCGUAGGCUGGUCGAUCGAUAACAUCCUCAUGGAUGUGGCCGGUGGAGUGCUCUCACUUGCGCAGCUAGUACUAGAUGCAGGCAGGAACGAUGACUGGUCAGCCAUCACGGGAAAUCCGGGCAAACUGGGCUUGGCGCUCCUCUCGCUCGCCUUUGACUCUGUCUUUCUUGUCCAGCACUACUUGCUCUACACGGAUGCGCAAUCCGGUCUGCUUCACGACAAGGUCGCCGAUACCCGGACGGAUAUCUUGCCCGACGUGCGAGCAGAUCAGGAGGAGAACACCGAGAACACGCCCUUGUUGUCGUCAUCAUCAUCAUCAUCAUAGAAGAAGUUG